AUGUCCAUUGGGUUUGCUAUUCCGGUGGUCAUGCUCUGCCGCGGCCCUGUAUCUGACCCGCGCAGUGUCGGCAUGAUUGUUAUCUGUUUCUUUCUGACGGGCCUGUUCAACACUGUCUUUGCUUACAUUCUUACUUUCUUGAUCCAGUGUGUCAUCGUUCGCUACGACAAAGCCUUCUUGGAAGCCCGGCGGCCUGGGGAUGUGGAAAGGGGGCGAGAAACGCAUACACAAGAGCCAGUCAACUUGGACAAACCGUCCUGCGAGGGCUCGCCGGGGGAAAAUUCGUUGACCAUGGGUUUCUACGGCUCAGCGGAAUCCUCCGAACCGGUCGAGCCGACAUCGCACCAUGCACCGAGCGUUGGUACGCAACAGUCAAGGAGUUUGUCCCCCCGUGAUGCUUUGUACGCCUGGGCAACCAGCAACCCUAUCCUUCUUCUUUCCUGGCUCCUUACUCUAGCCGUGGGCGUUCCGCUCCGCUACUGCAGAGGCCACGACGUAGCCCUCGGGACCCUUCUGAUCUUUUCCGCCUGGCUCACCGCGCUCGCCAUCCAAACCGCCAUCAAGUGCACCGCCCAUCUGCCGCCCAGUAUUCGGACCCUCCUCUCAAGCCUCCUUAACCCCGUCCUCUGCACCUCCCUCGCCAUGAUAGCCUACGUCUUCAUCGACGGAGUCCUCAGUCACCGGCCGUUGAGUGUCAUGCUCGACACCCUGCAAACCCACACCACCUUACCUACCCUCCUUCUCCACCCGGCCGACACCCCUACCACCGUGCCCCAACCGGCACGGUUACCCCCUGGACGGAUGGCCGCCGGCGACGUAGCAACCACCCUCCUUAACUCAGGCCUCGUCGCCUGGGGGCUGAAGCUCUACGCCCACCGCGCGCACCUCUUCUCGCGGGCCGGUCUCGCCGUGGUCACCGUUUCCUCGGCCCUCGCGCUGGCCAACCUGGCGGGCGGCCCGCUGUUUGCGCGCGCCGUGCUCGGCGUGGCGCCGCCUAGCAACGCCCUCGCUUUCGCGGCACGGAGCGUCACCAUUGCGCUGGCGGGUCCUGUCAUGAGUAUGCUCGGCGGCGAUGGUGGGCUGAACGCGGCCAUGGUUGUGGGUGGAGGGAUUGUGUACCAGAUAGGGCUGGGGUUGGGAAUAGGGAGGUGGUUGGAGGCGGGAGUCGUAGAGAGGGGUGGCACACAAUGGGUGGGUGGUGGGCAGGCACAGGGCGCGAAUCGGGCGACCGUUAAGGUGCAGCAGAGCGCGAACGACCCAAGGAUUGUUGCCGCUGGCGUCACAAUCGGUGUUAACGCCGCGGCCAUGGGUACGGCGUACUUGUACGAGGUACACAGCGAGGCAGCGCCGCACGCCGCAUUAUCGAUGAUUGCGCUGGGUGUCAUGACGGUGGUAUUUUCGAGCAUACAACCGCUCUCGCAGUGGGUUGUGAGGAGUAUUGGUACAUGA